UAGAAUUAGGGUUAGGGUCAGGGUUAGGGUUACAGUCGUUCUAUGAACAACUAUCGAGCAAAGUGGAAUUCACAGUGAAUUUGAGAGUAGAGUUACGAUUCUCUGGCUUCCGGAUGUAGUCGUGGGAGCAUCAGGAUUCCGUAACGCGGCAUUGUUGAAACAGAUUUAGUUCACAUGCUUCAUAGGAACUGUGCAACAACAGCUAACUGCCAACUGAAUCCCAGUUGAAAUUGGAGCGGUCAGGUAUGGCGUUUCGGUACUUGAAAAUCCUGAUGCGAACUGCCGGUUGCGGGGUUCAUGUCGGGAAGACGAGGUGGGUGGACAGGAGAGGGCGGAUCGUGAGUGACUGGGGAUGGAAGAUCACCACGAGAUUGGAGGGGAAGGCGCAGGGAGGAUUGCAUCCUGUUAGUGGAAUGGAUCAUUGCAGGGUCACGGUGAGAGGAGCGGUAAAUGAUGCCUUGGAUAUUGUGAGAUACUUGGAAGGAGUCGAGGAUGAGAGUGACGAGUCCUCUGGCGAAGAAGUAGAAAAUGACGAAGCUCAUGAGACGUUUAGUAAUUUGGAUGUAGGUUCGACUGGGGAAUGGAGUGUGAUUUCGAGGUUAAAACCGCAUGCGGAUGGAUUGUAUCGGAAGGUUAUCGAGUCAAUUGCUAGCCCUGAGGCUUUAGCAUCCGCUUUCGAAAGCAUAAAACAGAAAUAUGGAAAAAUCAUCUUUCGGUCUCAUGAGAGCAUUGAUUGGAGAUGGUGCGAGAAAACCGCCGAUGAGUUGCGGGCAGGGACGUAUGCGUUUAGACCGGUGAGACUUGUCAAUAUCCCUGUACUUGGCCAGAAUGAGAAGAUGAGGUCAAUUAGGAUUGUCAGUCCCAAGGACCAGAUUAUACUGGAGGCUUUUAGGGCUGCUUUAGAGAAGAUAUAUUCUACAUCGUUUUCCCCUCAUGUGCACUUUUGCAAACAUACAGCACUCGAGUCAGUGAAGUAUGGUUGGAGGGGGACGUCAUGGUUUAUGGAUUUUCAUGUCGAGAAGAGCUAUGAGGAUACAAAUCAAAAAAGGCUGAAGAACAUCCUCUCGGAGAAGAUAGAGGACAAGCGAUUUCUCGAUACGUUGUUUCAAAUGUUCAAUGCAGGAAUAAUAGGGUUGGGACAAAAUAAAAUUGAGGAAGGGGGAAUCCUUUCUUCCAUCUUGAGCAACAUAUAUUUUCAGAAACUUGACGAAGAGGUUGAGGUGAUCAAGAAAGAGUGGAACACAGAGGCCAGAAAACGUAGCAUAAAUCCCGCAUACAGCAGGCUAAUGAAUUUUGACAAGAGGACACUGGCUAGGUUAGGGGGUAAUGCUGAACAGAUGAGGCGUGAGAAGCAGCAUCGCUUGGCCAUGGCAAGGAAACUGGCAAUCAGUCGCAACAACUACAAAGAUCCCAAUUUCACUAGAGUGCAAUAUGUAAGAUUCGGGGAUGAUUUUCUUCUCGGUCUUUCUGGAAGCAAGGCCACGGCGUCCAAAAUCAUGAAGAGACUAAUGACGUUCCUUCAAUCCAAUCUGCAGCUUCAGGUGGAUUCAGAAAACACUCGCCUUGCUCAUGCAGUUUCUGAUAGAACACUCUUUUUGGGUGCAUUUAUCCGUGUUCUUGAUCCUAAGGAGGUACCCGAGGUCAGCUCUUCCUUAACCAGAGCGCUAGCAAGAAAGCGAGCGCAAACUAUGAGAGUCAAGCAGCAACUGGAGGAUCGUUGGACUAGGGAGUGCCGGAAUGUAGUUCUCAAAUGCUGGACCAUUGCAUUUGAAAAGUGGCGUCGUGAGCUAGGUAAGGAUGGGGCCAAGAAACGCACUUUUGAAGUAGCUACGCAACAGUUGCUGUCUAUGCCUGAGGAAGAUAGCCUGCUGUGGCGAGAGAGUGCUCAAGAUGUACUACAAGUUUUUAUUUCAGCAGCUCUGCGACAAGGCCUUUUCCCACAGGAGGAGGUAGACAGUUACCAUAAAGUGCUUGCUAGUCUUGAGAAAAGCUUGGCAAAGACGUCACAGCCUGACUUUGAAGAUUUGGACGUGUAGCCUUUCCAUUCUGCCCGAGUAUUGGUCCACUAUUCACUCUGGAUGAUCAGUUCGUUUUGCCACCGUUGGAAUCAGCAAGGUCUGUACUUGAUGUUGGCACAAUCCUGACGUUUACCUACUAUCACAUAUGGGGUACGCAAAGUGUCGAAGUUGGUGUUAGAUGACGUGCGCAGAAACUAAACCCAACGGGUGUUCCACUGUGGGAUGUAUUGACUUCACCAUCUUUGGCAUAUGAUUCAGGUAGUUACAGUACCUAGAUGAGCAUAUCCGAUGGACCAGCCCCUGAUUUACAAGCGGAAGAAUCUGUGGUGUUUCUUUUCCGGAGCUGUGAUGGUCUCUUCAAUGAAGGUGUAGCUUAUGGUGCCAUAGCCUGGGCUGGGCUUUCGAAGGCCAAGAUCAGCUCCGGAAUACUCUUUCAUCCUGUGGAAUUUCCGCGCUCCACCGAUCCACCGGAGCAGUCGAUAUGGGCAAUUGGAAUCCACUUUCGAGGAAUGCACUCCAAUGAUCAGUUCCGUUAAUUGAUCGGUGCCUUCGAUUGAACCCGAUGAAUAAUUAGUUCUCGUUGCAGAUGCUGCUCUGGAGUCAUAAGCUCCUUCGGUGAUUGCUUCCGAGUAUCCCGUGGUGGCACCAGCUCCAAGGCCAUGUCCUCUUGAAUUAAGUAGGACACUUACGAGCAAUUUUUUUUCCUCUUAAUGUCACUUUUGCCGCUCCUUUCUCCUCCGAUUCUAACAAAUAGUUAGUGCAGAUUCUCCCUGCAACCUAUUCAACGUCAGUUUCAUCAAGGAUCGUUGUCGAAACCUUCCAUCUGGCUUGCAUCAGUUCAAGGUCUCAAUAUCUAAAAGCUAGUCGAUACCGUAGAAUUCAACCUCGAAUUGUGAAGAUCUCUCCUUAAUCUGGUCAUGGUUUUCGACUGAGUAGGUGCAGUCUGUCUUUGGCGAUGCUUCCUCAACGCUGUUAGCUCAUUUCACAACUCCGUACUUGUUCUCUUCAAUGUACAUUCGGGUAUAUGGAGUACAAACUGGCGGAUUCUUCUCAGCGUCUGUUGGCUUGUAAUCUUGUGAAAACCAUUGUACCUGCGAUUGGUAAGGGUUUCAAAUCCAUGCAUUGAUGUCCAGGUAGCAUGAUGUGUGAUCUGACUGGGUCACCCGGACAUGGUAGCUGGCACCAGUAACGGGAGGCUUCUGAAUGUGGCAACAGCUCCUGAUUGCGCCACGUUCUGUUUUCUUCAAAGGAGGCUGAAGUGUGAAUCGAUAGCAUUCAAGGCAUUGUACUGAUUCUAGCCUGGAAUGGGGUAAGCACAGCUAGUUUUCCUGCUACCCACUAACCAGGUGAUGAGUACCCUGAGACUCAAUGGUCAACCUCAGGCUUGAAAGUCCUACUGUCACCCAACUCGCCUCAUCCAAUCAAUGUAUUACACAUGCUUUGCCAGCUAACAA